GAGUACUCAACAGCAGAGCUGAGCGAUCCAUAGUUGCGUAUUCGCAUGUUGACUUGAGGGAAACACAAAAAUAUAUUAAUAUUUUGUAUAUUUGGACAACAACCAACCAUUAUGACAUCGCCUGUUAGAUUUUAAUUUCACGGUUUAUUGUGCUGUCUCAGAGUACACAUAGCAGUAGAAGAAUUUCCAAACAUGGCACACAACAGAGUUUUGCAAUGGGCAACAUUUGCUCGAUCAUGGUGGAUAUAUGAUGCUUGUCACCAGUGUCCAUUUGAAUCUGCAAAACGUUUAUGCAUUUUUCUCCAGGGUCAACAUAAACCCAUUUAUCAUCCUCUUAGUGAUAUUGGUGAUCAUGUUGUUGUUAUCAAUACUAAAGAUAUAUCUAUGAAGAAUGAGUAUUGGAGAAAAUGGAGGUUUCACCAUCACACAGGAUAUCCAAGUGGUUACAGUCAAACAUCUGCUUGGAGAUUACAUGAAUUGGAUGACACAAAGAUUUUACAUAAAGCUGUAUAUAGUAGAUUACCAGGAAAUUUAUUACGUAGAAGAAUGAUGAGACGUUUGCAUUUAUUCCCUGAUACAAAAGUACCUGAUGAUAUAUUACAAAAUGUUACAGAUCAAAUUAGACAAGUUCAGUUAAUACCCAAUCCUAUUCAUAAAUAUUCUAAAGAAGACAUAGAUAACUUCCCCAAACUAUUUGACUGGCCUGAAGAGUAUGUAAUAGAUUAUAGCAAAAAGAAAAAAGAUGAAGAUACUGAGAAAUAUUUCUAGUUUUAUAGACAGUAAAAUAAUAGAAUAACCAAUGCUAUAUUAAUAUAAAAUAUGGACAGUAAUAUAAUGGAAUAUAAACUAUAUUAAUAUAGAAGAAUUGUGUGUGAGUGAUAGAUUUGUAUAAUUGU